CCCAAAGCAGGCUCCAGGCUCUGAGCUGUCAGCACAGAGCCUUACAUGGUGCUUGAACCCAUGAACCAUGAGAUCAUGACCUGAGCAAAAGUCGGACGCUUAGCCGACUGAGCCACCCAGGUGCCCUGAGCUGAAAUUUUUAAAACAGGGUUUAAACUUAGGAUGUCCCAGGAAAAAAGAGAAGAGAGGUAUUCCAGGGAGAGGGCAAAGCAUAAGCCCAAGCAAGAAGACAAAGACCAUAGGUAUUGUAGGGAGUUGGAACAAGCAGACAGUAAUAUAAAGCUCAAGAUAAGUAGUGGAAGAAGAUGCAAAAUGUCCAAUCAAAGAGCACUAAAUCUGCCAGAUUCAACAGGAUGAACUUACCUUGUAAGGGACAAGGAGCCAAGGGACGUGGCUAUACUUGUAUUUUAGAGAGAUCCCUCUCAUGGGUGACUGGAGGGAAGGCACUGGGGAGUAAGUAGACUGGGGUAGGGAAUACAAGCUUAAUAGGAAUCAUAAACAAGAAAUAUUUAGGUGUUAAGAAAAUCAUCAGGCUUUGGUGAUUGGGUAUGAGCAGAGGAGAUCAAGCUAUAAUUUAAUGGUUUAUAGCUUCAUUGACUAAUAGACAGUAGUACCUAAAAAAAGGGCUUAAGUCAGAGAGAACUUUGAGGGAGGUUGUUUUAUUUUUGUGUGAUAAUUAAAAUAAGCAUGAUUGAUAAUGAGCCUGCUGCCCUAAGAAAAAGAGAAAGAAAUCGGUAAAAUGAGUAAAUGUUCAAAGUGGAUAGAAUAGAGGAGACUCUGGCCCCCUUCCUCCUGAGAUGACUGCAUUAAUAGAGAGUGCUAUGUAAGAAUAACAAAUCCCAGCAACAACUUGUUAAAUGACGAAGGAAUCCAGAAAUUGGGGUCAAACAGGGUGCUUGGAAACCAGAUUUAAGAGGAAGGGGUAACGUAAAGAAAGAUUAAAGUCACAACAGCCUCAAUUCAAGGUUGGGAAUGUGUGAGGAUAACAGAGUAGACCAGGCCCCGCCAAUCGACCCCCUAGAACUGGGUCCAGGUAGAAUGGUCAAUCACACAGGUCCAAAGGAGACGGCAUCACCUUUCAAUCUCUCUCCUCACUUGACAGCUAUCUUGGCCUUGGCUGAUCAAGACUCCUAGGUGAUCUGCCUACUUGCAAAGCCCUCCCCCUCUCCCCUCUGCUAACUGAAAGUGGCAAGUGUUCUGGUCUAUUUUACUCUCACUAUUUUUUGAUUUUCCAACAAGUUUCAUGGAGUUUAGUUGAAGCCAUGUGAAGUACAAUUUGAAAAUCCUUCCCAAUAAACACAGAAGCUAUUCUUACAACAGCUUCCCAGGAAGAGGUCACAGCUAGGCAUGGGAAAGAUCUAGCCUCCUGCUGACUGGAGCUCUCGCUUGCUCUGUUGCUCUCCCCUUUCUCUCUGUACCCAGUUUCAUACCACGCCUUGCAAAUUUGCAACCCUAAGCAUAAAGUGCUUACACUUACACAAGCACACAGUAGAGCUGGGUUCCAAAGAGGACUGGGCAUCUGUAGUACUUGACAUUCAGGCCUUUGGCAAGAUGUCAGCAUUUCAUAGAGUACUUUAAAUGUUUUGGUCUGAGAGCUAAUAUAGCAUUUCCUCACUGGUCAACACGAGCAGCCCAAGCAGAAAGCUAAAUCUAUUUCCCUCAACAUCAGAUGUUACACUCCAUUGUUGAUCCAGUCUUGCCUACGGAGACGACAGGAGGCUGGAAAAAUUGGAUCAUUAGGGAAGGAACACCUUGGCCACUUCAAGAUGACAAGCACACACUGGACUACACUGCUUCAUUGACAGGAAGCCUCCUAUUCUACCAGCGCCCCCACCACGCCAAAAAGAAUUUUAAGGCCUCCCCUGCAGAAGUUACAGAAUGAUAAAUUCCACCACCACACAACCGCCGAACGAGGCCUGCUCCCGGAACACCCUCAUAACUCAGAGUAUCAUUCCCGUGCUAUACUUGGCGGUCUUUGUCGCGGGGAUCCUGCUCAAUGGUGUCUCUGCAUGGAUAUUCUUUUACGUGUCCAGCUCCAAGAGUUUCAUCGUCUAUCUCAAGAACAUUGUUGUGGCUGACUUUCUGAUGAGCCUGACUUUUCCCUUCAAGAUUCUUGGGGAUUCGGGCCUGGGACCCUGGCAGAUAAACGUGUUCGUGUGCAGGGUCUCAGCUGUACUGUUCUACGUCAACAUGUAUGUCAGCAUCGUGUUCUUUGGGCUCAUCAGCUUUGACAGGUAUUAUAAAAUUGUAAAGCCUCUUUUGACUUCUUUCAUCCAUUCAGUAAAUUACAGCAAACUUCUGUCAGUCACAGUGUGGGUUCUAAUGCUCCUUCUGGCUGUCCCCAACAUUAUCCUGACCAACCAGAAAGCGAGGUACGGGAAGGCUAUGCAUAUAAAAUGUGUAGAGCUUAAAAACGAACUGGGACUUAAGUGGCACAAGGCAUCAAACUACAUCUUUGUGGGCAUCUUCUGGAUUGUGUUUCUUUUGUUGGUCAUUUUCUACACUGCUAUCACGAGGAAAAUCUUUAAGUCCCACCUGAAAUCCAGAAGGAAUUCCAUUUCGGUCAAGAAGAAAUCUAGCCGCAAUAUAUUCAGCAUCAUGUUCGUAUUUUUUGUCUGUUUUGUGCCUUACCACGUUGCCAGAAUCCCCUACACGCAGAGCCAGACAGAAGCUCAUUACAGCUGCCGGUCAAAAGAAAUUUUGCUCUACGUAAAAGAAUUCACUCUAGUACUGUCAGCUGCAAAUGUAUGCCUAGACCCUAUUAUUUAUUUCUUUCUAUGCCAGCCGUUUAGAGAAAUCUUAUGUAAGAAACUGCACAUCCCAUUAAAAGCUCAGUCUGACUCAGAAACUUCUAAAACCAAAAGAGGAAAUACAAUGCAUGAAAGCACAGACACUCUGUGAAUUCCCACCUCCUUUCAAAAAGAAUCCAUGUACACAUUUUGCAAUCUUCAGUUACAUACGAAUACAAAAGAAACAUGUCCAUGCAACUAAGUAUCAUCUCUAUGCAUUACUAUUCAAUUUAGUAUAAUAAUAAAAACAAAAUAUAAGUUCCCCUGCUUUUGUAACAGCAAAGAAAAAAGUAAUACAUGCAUUGUUCAAUUUUAUUCCAUCAAAACACAAGUUUUCAAUGUAUAAUCACUCGUCUCGUCAGUUAAUGUAGAAGUUUAAAUACCAUAAAGAAAAUAGGAAGCAAUCAAGACAAUUCACUGGGGCGUGUUCCUUCUCUAAAUACAAGAAUUUAACUUAUGUGGUUUUUUUUCACCAGGGUUACUAAAGACCAACCUAAAAGCAGGCAGAGUUUGAUAAAGAACUGGAGACCUGUUUGGAGUGAAAAGGUCAAAUUUUCUCUGAUUUCACUUAGGAAAUUCCCUACUGAUUUAUCUCCUAGCAUUUCAAAGGGAAGUUGAUAUAAAUUCUGUUCUUUGCAGUAAAAACAAAAUGUAACACUUUGAUAACAUUUUGAAGAUGAUAAUAAGAUACAUUCUGAAUGUUUUGUAUCAAGACUUAUUAAGCUAUGUCUUGAGCAUGCAUUUCUGGUGUUAAAAUAUUUUUAAGUGGACUCUAUUGAAGGAAACUGGCUAUUGGUAGAUGUUGCCAGCAACUUUCCCUAUCGAAUGCUAUGGAGGAAAAAAAAAAUGAUGCCCAGGACAAACACACACACACACAGCAUGCACAUACACACAUACAUCGAGGCACAGGGGAAACAGUUUUCUUUGAAAGCAACCGGACUUGAAAAAAAGGAAAAUCUAAAAUUUGUAAUUUUGAGUGAGAAAUUACACAUAAAAUGAAAAUUUGUGACAUUUUCUGAAAAGGAGAUGGAUUUAAAAUAUGUAGAUAAGGGAUAUGGUUGCUGGCUUGUGAGUUACCAAAACUAAAUUCUUUCUCUGCUCUUAACUGCCUAGAAGACAUCCAGGCCAUCUUCCAAAUGUUAUUCUCAAACAUUUUUGUAAGCCAUGUAUAUAUACUUUUUUGCUUUACUGUAUAUGUACUAAUAAAAAUAUUUUCAAUAGUA